AUGCCACCCAAAAAAGGUGACAAGUCAGCUGCCAAGAAAGGCAAGACCGAGGAACCAAAGAAGGGAGGAAAGGAUGAUAAAAAAGGAGGGAAAGAUGACAAGAAAGGUGGAAAGAAGUCAGAGGAGCCACCAGCAAAGGGGAAGGGUAAGGAUGAUGGGAAGAAGGGAAAAGGAAAGAAACCUGUCAGUGAGUCUGAGGAGGGGUCAGAGGAAGAAGAGGAGGAGGUGCAGACUGAAGAUGAUGAAAUUGAUGAAAGUGAGGAAGAGGUCGUAAGCAAGAAGGCUGCACAGUCAGAUAAAGGAAAGGGGAAGGCAGCUCUGAAAGGUGCAUCUAAAGCCAUGGCAAUGAAGGGUCUGAAGCCAAAACGCUCACCUGCUAAUGAUGAGGAGGAGGAGAAGGGGAAGGCUCAAGCAAAGAAAGGCAUGGGUGCGGUAAAUCUAAAAAAGAUGAGUGAUGUCCACAUCAAAGGAGCCUCCAAGGCAAUGAUGGGUUUUGCUGCAGAGGGACAGAAGAAGAAUUUAGGGGCAACUAAAGUACAGAAGACAGCAGAUGCAAAAUCUCACCUCAAGGGAGCCUCCAAAGCCCUCACUGGUCUCACUGGAAAAGCAUCACCGUUUAGCUUGGCCUCUAAGCAACAAGAAAAAGCAAAGCCAAAGCGAAACCUUAAAAGCACAUCCCGUCUUUUCCUGCGUCUUUCUAAAAAGAAGAAACCUCCCGCUGAUGGUAAACCACUUCUUGGAACCAGCAAGCUUUUCGCUGGCUUUGGGGGAAAAUCAGGCCCUACUGACAAAAAGAUUGGUUUAUCUGGCUUUAGUCUGUUUAAUAAAAAGGAGGAGACUCCAAAGGAAACAGCGCCACCCAAAAAGACGAUCAAUUUAUCCAGUUUAGGAGGUAAGGGGAAAAUGGCAACAGAAGCGAAGGGACUGGGAGGGAAGUUCAAAGGCAUGUUUGGAAAAAAGAAAACAGGACAAGUGUUCAAGACCAAAAGCUGGAUGAUAGGAAGGAUGGCAGCAGCUGCUAACUGGUUGACAGGGAGGUUCCUGACCUCUAAAAGCCAUGGGUCACUGGCUGGAAGACGAGGGAGAAAGAACUUAUCAUUUGCUAGCAGAGACACUAGAGGGAGACAAACUCAAUACUACAAUGCUGAUUGUGAGUAUGAUGAUGAGUAUGGAUAUGAGGAUGAUUACCAUGACAGACUGGAUCAGAGAAACUUUCAAAGACAUCCAGUGACCUAUGAACCAUAUGACCCUUAUGAAGAGGAAAUAGACUACGAUGACGAAGAGUGGGAGGAUGAAUAUGGUUACUAUGACGAUGAGGGAAACUUCUAUUAUGAUGAUGAGCUUUAUUAUGAUGAUGUUGAUUAUUACAGUUACCCUGAUGACUAUCAUGAUGAUGAAUAUGAAGAUUACUAUGGUGAUGAAGGAGUAGAGUACUACUACGGUGAAGAUGGAAUGCUGUAUGCAAUAGAGCCGGAGCAAUUUGGUUACUAUGGAGAUCCAAUGUAUGGUGUGUAUGACCCAUCUGAAUUCUGUGAUGGUUAUUUUGACCACAAUUUGGCCUCAAACUAUGGUGUAUCAGACCUUUAUGGCAUGAUGGCAGCCAGUUACCCUCCUGUCUCAGCUGUACAUAAUGGCUCUAUGCCAUUUGCACAACCUACCCCAAACUAUUACCCAUAUCUGCAAAAUGUCCCCAUGAAUGCUGGGCUGGAUCCAGCAGACACAGGACAGCUGUAUGGACAGGAACAGCUUUAUAUUCCAGUUGAGCCCUUCUCAUCUGAGCAGUUCAGGGUCCCUCGGCCCCAGGUUAUGCUUUUUGGAAAAGACAGACUGGAUGUGGAAACCUUACCACCACCUCCUCUUAAUUCUCAAUUUUCCCCUCCAACAAUCCCUCCUUCUUACCCCGCUGUCACCAUCAACAAUCAGGAAAUGAUUUCAGACACAGUGUUUGAACAACCCAUGCUGGCAUAUCUUCCAACACAGCCUUCUUACAUUAAUUUUACAAACGAACAAAACGCUUCCAUUUCUCCUGGACAUGUCCCAUUAACAACUGCUGUCAACAUGAAUCAGGGAAACUUUCCUUCUGCGCAGCCAGCUUACCUUCCUCUCACUGUUCCUGCAAAUCACUUAUCUUCCUCCCCUCUGCCGCCUCAGUUUUCUACCCAGAUAUACCAACCACCCCUCCCUCAAGACCACCAGAUAUUUCAGGUGCACCAAAUGUCCCCAGUGGCCUCACCAUUACAGCCAUUGAUGCAUUCACCACUUCAUUCACCAGUGUCCUCACCCAGGCCAGUAAGGAGAAUGAGUCCCUUUCCAUCUCCACAGCUGUCACUGAGGCCAGGAAUAGCUGCUGCAAUGGGGCCUCAGUCAUACUUUUCACCCCACACCAGUGACUUUCAAUCGAGCAUCCAACUAGACCCUCACCUCUCUCCACGCUUACAUAGUCGGGGACUCGCACGUCAUGCCUCAAUGGCAAGCCAAAUGCCCACCUCUCCUGUUGACAGAAGGAGACCACUAAGUCCCCCUCUGUCUCCUCCGCAUCACAGGAGAGGAGUUUCAACAAGGGCACAGCCAUCCCUGACACGAGGAAGGGGAGGGAUGGGCUUACGCAGGGCUCCUUCAUCUGUUAGACCCCAGUCCCCACUUUCUAGCCCAUUGGCGUCACCUCAGGAAUCACUAAGGAAGAGACAAAGUCCUCCACCUUCACCAAGACUAUCUUUCAGACAACAACCGCCACCAGAUGCUGUCCCGCUGAGACCUACCAGACCAAAUUUGUUCAAAGAAAGAAAACAACCAUCCAUGAUGAGACGUUCUCCUUCUCCCCCCCUGCCAACACCACGUGGACAACAUGAAAGAUCCCAGUCUCCAUCCCAUUCCUUUCGCCCUGCCUCUCCCCGUCGUCCUCCUUCUCCUUCACCGUCACGUGUUACUGCUCGACCCCUUCCCACCCGCUCUUCGACACGCAGGCUGAGAGGUAGCCCUGGUGGCCGAAGCCAGGUCCCCAUGGGAGCUGUAAAACCCUCACCAGCUAACCCAUAUUUACAAAGGCGUAGUAGGCAUGGGCCCCCUGUCACUCAACAGGUGGCUCCAUUUAGGUCCUCCAUACACAGUGGCUCUGCCUCUCCAUCUGGACAAAUAGGGGCUGUGGCGGGAACUCCAGUGUUAUGCAGAGCAGGAUCCCGUCCAACAGGGUUAAGGGAAGCCAAGCGAAUUAGUUCAGCCCAAGGAGGCUUUCAUAGACCUGUAGGUCGAGGGCAACCUCUAGUCCGAAUGCCAAGAAAACAACCGUCUCUACAGUCAAGGCAAUCAUUUAGAGCACCCUCUGCGGUAUCCCCUCUACCUCCACAACAAUCUUUGAAACAGAGUGGCCCUCGUUCUCCUCAGCCCACGAUACGUAGACUCCAGAGUAGACCUCCAUCUCCACAACCACUACAUCGUGCAUCUCCUCUGCCCCGUUCUGCCUCUCCGAUGCACCAUCAAUCUCGUCAAUCCUCUCCCUUACCUCAGAGAGCAAUGACUCCCCACAUUCUGGGACAAACAUCUUUUCAUCAUCCUGUGCCCCAUGCUAGUUUUCCUCCUGGUGUUCUCCCACCAUCACAGAGCAUUUCACAGUAUGACUACACACUGAGCGAACCUGGCCCAAGCCCAAUGCUUACAAAUGCUUUUCCCGGUCAUCAGGCUAUAGGUGCUAACUUUCCCUCUGUUGCUCUUCCUUCUUCAAUCCCAUAUUCCUCAGGUGCUUAUGCUUCUCAUUUACAAAGACAAAAUUCCUCUCAUUUGCAGCAUGAUGCCUUCUCCCAAAAACUCCCCCAGCAAGUACUAUCAUCUCCAAUUCCUGGAUAUACACCACAGAAUCCUUAUCUACACAAUACUGGCAACACCACACCAUUACAGAGGAGUCCUUCGCCUAUGCCUGGUGGACAAGUAGAGAUACCAGUUAAUGCACAGGAGACUCAAUUGGUGAACCCAUAUGCCACUCCACAUCUAUCCAAUGCUUUGUAUCAGAACUCUCAACUACGCAGUGCCUCCUAUUCAUCUCCCCUACAACGCAAUGCUAACCUAUACACAACUGUCCUGUCUCCCCCUAUGGUUGCAACUCCUAUUGCCCCUUCUGUUAUCUCUUCUCCAAACUUGUCCUCUGCUAUGCUUACAUCCCAAUUACGUAAUUCAUCUUUUGCAUCCCCUUUACAGCGACACCUCUCCCCUAAGUCUUCUGCUUCAGCUGCUCCUACAACAACUCAACAAGAAACUGCCAGAGGUAGCUCCUCUUUUCUUUCUGGUGGACUAAGGACUUCCCAGAUCCAGGGAUCCAUGUUCAAACUUCCAAGUGGCACUUUGACAAUGUCUCGGGGUCCUGCUGAGCAGGCUGUUACAACUGAAGGUGUAGGUGGUGGAACACUGUCACCCUCUGCACUCUCCAAUGCUCUGCAGAAUCCAAGUCUACGUAAGGCAACGUAUAGACUUCCUGAUGGCACACUGGUCACAAGGAAUGAAUCUGCUCAGCCAACAUCUGGUCAGUCUGUUCAAUCUUCUUCCGUACUGUCCUCUGCACUGUUGAAUUCCAAUAUCCGUAAAGCAACAUACAGGCUUCCAGAUGGGACUUUGGUUACAAGAAAUGAGCCAGCACCUGAACCUUCCUCUGCAAUGCUCUCUUCUGCGCUGCUCAAUUCAAAUGUUCGAAAGGCCUCUUAUCGAUUACCUGAUGGUUCACUUCUUACACGUCCUGGCGAGGUAGUACAGAAUAAUGAUAAUGCCCUAUCAUCAACUGGCCUAUCUAGUGCCCUGAUGAACGCUAACCUUCGUAAAGCAAAGUUUCAGCUUCCAGAAGGAUCAGCCCUUUUUUCACGAAAUCAGACUCAAACUCCUUCCAGUCCUCUCCUUUCUGGUGCCUUGCUAAACACUGGUGUCCGAGGUGCUUCUUACAAUCUCUCAAGCACAUCAUUAUUUAGGAAGCCUGGCUCUGGUGAUACUUCAGAGCAACGUUCACUUGAUCUAUCUAAUGCUUUACGCAAUCAAAACCUCCGUUCUGCUUCAUACCGAUUACCUGAUGGAACUCUCAUGACCCCUUCCCAGACCACUUCUUCAUCCCAAUCAUUUGACCUGUCGAAUGCUUUAUCAAAGAACCCAAACCUUCGUGGUGCAAAAUACCGUCUUCCUGAUGGUAACAUCAUGACACGACUUGGUGCCCCUAGCACUCCACAACCACGGUCGCUUGACCUGUCUGGUGCUUUACAGAGUUCUCAUCUGAGGGGGUCCAAUUUCCGUCUUCCCUCAUAUGCUGUGGUAUCACCCCAGGUCCAGGGAUCAGGGCCUGAACAGCACUGGGCUCAGGGCUCUGGUGCUGAAGGCUUCGGUAUGCAGCAAGAUACUGAUGUAUGGGGUGCUGAGAGAGUUCUCCCACAUGGUACUGUGCAAAACCUCAAUAAGUGGUCCAUGUAUAGAGAUGGCGAGCUCCUGGAUCCCCAGAGUCUGAUGGGGCAGGGACAUGAUGGGCAGCAACUAGACGAGUGGAAUCUCAACAGGGAGGGGGAGCCACAGGGGCAGUGGUAUGACAAGAUAUACUCAAUCAGAAGUAUGCCCACCAUAGCUCACCGGGAACAGAGACAGGAAGAUGGUGUGGAAGAUAUGACACAAUUAGAGGAAAUGCACGAGGGGGCUGUUCUAUCAAACUUGAGGAAAAGGUUCAAAAGAGAGCUCAUUUAUACAUACAUUGGUAGUAUCCUGGUAUCUGUGAACCCAUACAAGAUGUACAACAUCUAUGGAACGGACAUGGUGCUGCUGUACAAGGGUCGUGCUCUGGGAGAAAACCCUCCGCAUUUGUUUUCCGUAGCAAAUGCUGCUUAUUCCAAAAUGAUGGAUGCCAAACACAACCAGGUCAUUAUAAUCAGUGGGGAGAGUGGAUCAGGAAAGACAGAGGCUACCAAACUCGUCCUUCGCUACCUUGCAGCAAUACAUCAUAAAUCCAAUCUCACGCAGCAGAUCCUUGAGGCAGCUCCUCUGCUGGAAUCUUUUGGAAAUGCCAAAACUGUGCGAAAUGACAACUCCAGUCGCUUCGGGAAAUACAUGGAGGUCUUUCUAGAGGAUGGUGUGAUCAGUGGUGCCAUAACCUCUCAGUAUCUACUGGAAAAGUCCCGUAUUGUCUUCCAGGCCAAAGAUGAGAGGAACUAUCACAUCUUCUACGAGAUGCUAGCAGGUCUUCCCUCACAGCAGAGGCAGGCAUUUUAUCUGCAAGAGGCUGAAACCUACUAUUACCUGAACCAGGGAGGUGAUUGUGGGAUAACUGGAAAGAAUGAUGCAGAUGACUUCCGACGUCUGAUUUCUGCAAUGGAGAUCCUUCACUUCACCCCAGAAGACCAGUCUGCUAUUUUCAGAGUUCUCUCCUCCAUACUACACCUGGGAAAUGUCUACUUUCAGAAAUAUGAGACGGAUGGCCAGGAGGUGGCGUCAGUGGUGAGCGCUCAGGAGAUCCGAGUGGUGGCAGAGCUGCUGCAGAUCUCUCCAGAGGGACUACAGAAGGCCAUCACCUAUAAAGUCACAGAGACGAUGAGGGACAAAAUCUACACCCCUCUCACUGUAGAAAGUGCUGUUGAUGCCAGAGAUGCUGUUGCCAAGAUCCUGUACUCAUUACUGUUCCACUGGUUGACAGAAAGGAUCAAUGCUCAGGUGUACCCUCGCCAGCACACUCUGUCCAUCUCCAUUCUGGACAUUUAUGGAUUUGAGGACCUGUCCUUUAACAGCUUUGAGCAGCUUUGCAUCAAUUAUGCAAACGAGUACCUGCAGUUCUUCUUCAACAGGAUCGAGGAGUACAGCAGAGAGCAAAUCCCCUGGCAGAACAUUGUGUUUAGUGACAACCAACCCUGCAUCGACCUUAUUUCCGCUAAGCCUCACGGGAUUCUGAGGAUUCUGGAUGACCAGAGCUGCUUCCCCCAAGCAACCGACCACACUUUUCUUCAAAAGUGUCACUAUCACCAUGGAAACAACCCCCUGUAUCUUAAGCCAAAGAUGCCCAUCCCGGAGUUCACCAUCAAGCACUUUGCUGGACGGGUCAUCUACCAGGUUUACAAGUUCCUUGAUAAGAACUACGAUCAGGUCCGGCAGGAGGUUCUGGACCUGUUCAUUCAGAGCAGGAACAAGGUGAGCGGGACGAAGCCUCCUCCUCCGCUAACAUCCACACGAAAGGGCACGCCUUGUCUCAUUCUGCUGUGCGUGCGCGUCCAGAUGGUGUCAAACCUCUUCCUGGGCCACGCAGAGGUCAUGGGUCAGCAGAGAGGAGGUCACAUGAGGAAGAGCAGCUCGGUCACCAGAAAGUACCAAGCUCCCACCGUCAGCAGCAAGUUCCAGCUGUCCCUGUUGGAGCUGGUGGAGAAGAUGGAGAGGUGCAACCCAUUUUUUGUUCGCUGCAUUAAGCCAAAUAAUAUGAAGCAACCAGGCAUGUUUGAGGAUGACCUGGUCAGCAGCCAGCUGCGGCACUCCGGCGUCCUGGAGACCAUAAGGAUCCGUAGGGAGGGAUAUCCUGUUAGAAUGCCAUUUUACACCUUCCUCUUCAGAUAUAAGUCUCUGGUGGGAUUAAAAGAGAUUCCAGCAGCAAACGGAGAGAACUGUGUGAUAAUGCUCAGUAAACUGAGCCCCCUCCGACCGGGAGCGUUCCACAUUGGUGUCACCAAGUUGUUUCUGAAGGAGGACAUCUACCAGCUGCUGGAGUGCAAACGGGAGCGAUGCCGUCAUCUCGCUGCGCUCACUUUGCAGCGGUACGCCCGCAUGUUCUUUGUCAGGAAACGCUUCUUGGAAUUCCGCUACAAAAUGGUCAGAUUCCAGGCGCAGUGCCGGGGCUUCCUUGUUCGGAAGCAGUACGUGAAAAUGAGGGAGAAUCUGGUCCGAUUCCGCUCUCUUGUCCAUAUGUAUGUCAACCGGAAGCAAUACAUCAAGAGGAAAUUUGAAGCCCAGAGGAGAGCUGAAGAAGAGAGGAAAAGGAGAGAGACGGAGCUGACCAAAAGGGAAGUUGUUAAUGUCACACACUUGGUGAUCCCUGCAGAGCUUGGUGCAUUACUGCACACGGCAGGAGUCAGGAAGGAGCUGCACUCAGACUGUUUGGCUCUGCUUCAAGCUCCUCACAUCCAGGAAGAGGCCCAGCUCACUCUGCCUCUGGACAUCAACAAUUACCCUUUUUAUCGCUAUGUGCAGAUCUAUUUCAGGGAACCAAAAUUUGGGAUGUUGAUGGCCCCUCUGGAGUCACCUCUGACCCGGGUGGAGGAAAACCUGCAAAAGGAGGCUCUGGAGCUUUUCAACAUGGUAUUGCGCUUCAUGGGAGACCCUCAUCUAAAUGGGGCACAGGAAAACAUGUUUGGGAAUUAUAUUAUCCAAAGGGGUCUGUCAGCUCCAGGGUUGCGUGAUGAGAUCCUGGCUCAGGUUGUCAAUCAGGUGUGGAGGAAUACGAACCACGCCAAUGCAGAGAGAGGAUGGCUGCUGCUACUGGCGUGUGUCUGCAGCUUCGCCCCAUCACCCAAGAUGGACAAAUACCUGCUGAAGUUUGUUUCAGACCACGCCCCUGCUGGCUGUCAGGCGCUGCUGCAACACAAACUCAUCCAAGCCAAUCAGAAGAUGCAGCUUAGUUUAGACUUCACCCCCGAGACUAUGCGCACCUAUCCAUUGUCUCUGCUGGAGUGGACAGCCAAUAGGAAGAAGGCCAGCAUGGUGCUGCAUGUGCACUGUUUUGAUGGGGGCUCGUUCCUGUGUCCGGUUCAUUCAUGGACAAGCGGGGAGGACUUGGCAGGACACAUCCUGCGUCACAGGGGAGUGGGAGACUGGUGGAAGGGGAACUCAAUUUUGAUGAAGGAGCAUGGCCAGUGGGCUGAGUUGGCAGGACAUGACUAUGUGAUGGACCUAAUUGCAGACCUAGAGCUCCCCGUGGACUUCCCAAAGCAGAAGAGUUACUUCAUCGUCAGCACUGACAACCCAGCCAGAGUCAGAGCCAAUACCAGCCUAACUUUGUUUGGCGGUGGCUUUGACUCAGAUGAAGAGCUGGCAGCAUUUCCUCUCAAGAGCAGCAGAACAGCCCACAGCCUGCCUGAUUCUGAUGGUUACCACAGCCACGCAGAGUCAGAUGCAUUCAGCGAUGGUCAGACUCAGAGAGGAAUGGACCGCUACUUGGACAGCCUGUUUGAGCCUGUGCUCUCAGACAGCAGCAUAGACAUGGAAAAAACGGGAGGACUAUCGGCGAGGAUGAAGGGAGGAGGAGGGAUAGGCAUCCCAGGAGGCGAACGGGGAGACGGGGAGAGUCGUGCACCCCCCAGCAGGCCUUAUCCACCAGGAAUACAUCCUGGAGGAUCGGAGCAGGCUGUGCUGACUCAGCAGCAACAGGCCAUCAUCAACCAGCAAGCUAUCAUUCUGGCCCAGCAGAUGACCAUGCAGGCCAUUGCAAUUCAGCAGCAGAUGCUGUCCUCCUUCCCCCCUGUUGCCCCGGCGCCCCAGUCACCGCCAUCCCAUCAGCACGCACACGCGCCGCAGCGCUCCCGCACACCCAGCCCCGCCAAAGAGAGCGACGAGACCCAGAAGCCCAGCUCUGCUGCAGCUCAGCGGAAAACGAGUCCAACGCGUGGCCCACCUCCCGAGGACGUGGUGCGAUCCAGUGUGAGCAACUCGGAGCGCAUGGACCCCAGCCACGACAUCAAAGACAUCAUCAAACAGCACCAGCCCGCAGGAGCCACCCCCUCUGCUGGCUCCCCCACACAGAGGAAAAGUGACGGAAAGAUGUUCGUGAAGAAGCCCGACCCCCACGACGAGGCUAUGGAGAUCCUCAAAGAUCAAAUGUCAAACCCACCCCAACCGUCUCAGAGGAAACCUCAGCCCUCCCAAACAAAAGAGGAGGGAGGAGUAAAGGUUACCAAAGCAGCCAAGGCUCGUCCUGCGGGGCCAAGCAGCUCCAAUUUAACCCCCAUUCAUCCUCCAGUUUCUAGAGAUUUACCAGUAGAGGAGGAGAGCAUUCAGACUCAGCUCCACAGCAGGACCAGUGAGGAAUACUACACUUACUCCAAUGUUCCGUGGAAACUCUACAUGAGGAAGGAGGUUUUCUACCCAAAAGAGACCCUGAAUAAUCCCCUGAACCUGGAGCUGAUCUUCAAACAGGUUGUGCAUGACACCUUCUCCGAGGCUUGCAUCCGCAUUACCCAAGAAGAGAGGCAGAAGAUGAAAACUCUGCUUACCGAGAACAAAGUGGACCAGACCUCCGGAACCAACGAUGAGAAUGUGAUGAAGAAAGUGGUCGCCAUGGCAAAAGACUCAUGGGAAAUCUACUUCUCCCGCCUCUUUCCAGCCUCUGGCAGCGUAGGGACCGGCGUGCAGGUGCUGUCUGUGUCUCACAAAGGGAUCAAGUUGCUGAAGCUGGUGAAGAGCGGCUCCGCGGCUUCAGACUACUUCAGAGUGCUGAGACCCUACAGCUACUCGGACAUCCUGUUUGUGUCUAUCCCAUCUAAGAACAUGCUGGAGUUCAACCUGACCAACGAAAAGCUGAUCCUGUUCUCUGCCAAGGCUCCGCAGGUCAAACACAUGAUUGACUACUUCCUCACAGAGCUCAAGAAGGACUCCGAAUAUGUGGUGGCUGUGAGGAAUUGCAUCACUGAGAACAGGACGCAGCUGAGCUUCCACAAAGGGGACAUCAUCAGAUUGCAGCACAUGGACGGGCUGGAGACCGGAAAACAUUACGGUUGCAUUGUGAGGAAGAAGGUCAUGCUUCUGGAGGAGCUAAAGAGGGACACUCCUGACUUUGGCUGGCGGUUUGGGGCUGUGUACGGAAAGUCGGGGGUGUUUCCCAGUGAUUACGUCCAUCCAGUGGCUGCUCCAGACUUCUUGAUUCUGCCCGCUGACCGUGUGGAGCCUCGAGACCGGCAGGGGCGAGUUGCUGCAUCAGCUGCUGUUGCCGUAGCGAUGGGCUCCUCAAUUGCUGCGCAUGAGCUCGACCUCUCAACAGAGGUUGUAAAUGAAAUGUAUGGGGAUGGCCUGAUCGCUGAACUGGACGAUCUGCCUCUGCACAGCAGCCAGUUUGACAUGACUGAGUUUGCCAAGAAGUAUUUCAGAGAAGCUCAGAGGAACAAGGGAGAUCAGAAAGCCAAAAAGGGGAAGGAAGGGAGAGAUCCUUCAGAUAUGAUCAAAUUCUCUAAGUCUCCGAUCCAGGAGUCUCUGAUUGAUUUUUCUGACGCUGGGAUGAACAGAGUGGCUGCUGACAUCUUCUUAGCUAUCAUGAAAUUCAUGGGGGAUUUCCCGCUGAAAGGCCAGACUGAACAGGAACUGGUCAGCGUUAUACUGAAGCUAAGCGGUGACCACGGUCUUAUAAAGGAUGAAGCCUACUGCCAAGUGAUGAAGCAAGUAACCACCAACACCAGCUCCAAACCCGACAGCUGCCAGAGAGGCUGGAGGCUGAUGUACAUCCUCACGGCGUUCCACCGCUGCUCUGACGUCAUGAAGCCGUUUCUGCUGAAGUUUCUGCAGGAUGCCUGUGAAGCUCCCGGGAUGCCGUACCAAGGAAUUGCCAAGGCAAGUGAGCAGAAUCUGAGGAGGACUUUCCAAUACGGUGGACGUGUGCAGUAUCCCAACAGCAUGGAGCUUAAAGCUAUGCUGGCUGGGCGGAGCUCCAAGAGACAGCUGUUCCUGCUACCAGGUGGGAUCGAAAGGCAUUUAAAAAUCAAGACAUGCUCUGUUGCUUUGGAUGUGAUUGAGGAGCUUUGCUUUGAGAUGGGCCAGCAAAGGCUGGAGGCACUGGACGAAUAUGCAGUUUUUUUGGUCACACACAGAGGUCAGAAUGUCCGUCCCCUAAACAAGCGCGAGUACAUCCUGGACAUCGCUACGGAGGCAGAGCCAGUGGACGCCAGCUACAGUCUUUGGUUCAGACGAGUCAUCUGGAGUUUGGCUCUUAAACUUGACAAUGAGCUCUAUGUCACCAUGCUCUAUAACCAGGUGUUGCCAGACUAUCUGAAGGCCUUGCUGAGUGUGGUUCCUCAGGGUAAGGUCAGUGAACAGCAACUGCAGCAGAUUGCCCGGCUGGCAGCCCUACAGCACCGUGCCAAGGACACCGUCUACCUGCCAACGCUCCGUGAGGUGCAGGAGUGUGUCCCCCCUCAGUUCUAUAGCAAACAGGGUUCACAGACGUGGCUGAAUAUCACGACUCAGCACAUGCAGCAGAUCCAGCCGUUAAACCCACACCAGGCCCGUGCGCAGUUCCUUGGUCUGGUCAGUGCCUUCCCCAUGUUUGGCUCCUCCUUCUUUUACAUCCAGAGUUCCAGCUCUUCUUCCAUCCUCGCCCCAUGCAUCCUGGCUGUUAAUCUCAAUGGGUUGCACUUUCUUAACAAGGACACUCAUGAGACCAUGGUGCGUUUCCCCCUGAAGGAAGUCCAGUCAACUCGCACUCAGAGACCAACUUCAGGCUCCAGUUACCCCUACGUGGAGAUCAUGAUUGGAGACCUGCUCAACCAGAGCAUAACACAGCUGCAGCUGGAGCAGGGCCUGGAGCUGUGCCGAGUCAUUGCCAUGCACAUGGAGAACAUGCUGUCGCUCAGAGAAAAGAGACUCACCUUGCCACCAAGCGAAAUCACCCUGCUGUAACACUAUGCUGUAGUCGAUGGAAGAAAACAUUUACAGCUGUAAAUGUCCUGUACCUACCUCCGUUUUUAAUAUAGAAUGUUUGAUACAUAAAGGCAACAGUCAUGAGGGGCAAGGCAUCUAUGAUGAUGAGGUAAAACACAUGUAAUUCAGAAAAUUAUUUUACUUUUUUCAAUCUAGCAGAAAAAACAUCAAUUGUCUCAGUAAUGAAGAAAUAACACAAAUCAGAUGUGAAGUUAAUUUAAGUUAUUCUGAAAUUAACGUGAAUGCGUUUUUUGCCAUGAUACAUAAUUUUUUAUCAGACGUGGAUUUUCAUAUAAGAGUAGCCUCAUAAAUCAAGGGGGUUAUUAUUAAGGGUUUUUAAUAUAUAAACAGAAAGAAGGGGAGGGCCUCUGUGAUGAAGUCAGGGUCAAAGCAUUAACACAGAAACAUAUUGAAAGAUGCCAGUCCCGGCACAUAAAGUUUUAGUCCACAAGACCAACAAAAAUUGCACAAAAUGAAUUUUUAGUAAUACAUUGCAUAUAAUGUAAAUAGCCGUUGUACAUAACUAAAGCCUGUAGAUAAUUAUGUACAUUAAAGUUUGUACUAUUACUGGUUAUGAGAGGUGGCUGAGUCAUGUUCUUAUUUCAAACAAUUAAUUAGUCCAAAACAAUUAUGGCAAGUAAUUCCAAAUGCAGCAUUAAUGAGAACCAUUGGGGGGACAGAAAAAAACAUAGAAUAAUUGUGAGAUUAUUUUUUAAUUACUUUUAUGACAUCAGAAGGAGAAUGUAAUUGCCCUCAGCUUCAAUCUGCCAAUUAUUUAAGCAUUUCUGGAGAGAUUCAACAGCCCUUCAAGGAGGACAAAAAUAGAAAAUUAGUAAUAAUUCGAGAAGGUUUCAGCUCAAAUAUCCAAGAAUACUACGUUUCCGCGUAGUGGCAAAGCAGGAAAUAUGAUAUAAUUACAGGAACAAUUCCAGGUGAACUUGUCAAGUUUUAUUAAGUCUCUUUUGGCUAUUUUUUCCUGCUCGUUUAAUUUGCUGUUAAUGACACACCGCUUUCCGUCGUUUGCCGUUAUUUAUGGGGCGCUCGCUCUCUCGGUGUGUCCCACAAUUCAAAACAAGCGUCCCUUUCCGAGGUGCUCUACUGUGUGGGCGUUUCUGGGCAGUUUCUCGCAGAUUUCUUCGCCCUCAUUGGACAACAAUAACGGGGUUCGUGUGAACCGGGAAGAGGAGGGGGCCGUGGUCAAAAACCACCACGACCUAAGCAGCACCAGAAGGGAGAGGAGAGGCGUCGCUGCUGCAGCCACAGCUGUAACCCCACUUGCAGCCUGCAUGGGCUAGUCCGUUAGUUAGCUUAGCAUCGUCCGCCUGCGCCGAGCCGCCGAGAACUCCGGCUUCUUAUCUCCGCUUUUUCCCUCUCCGUCCCACCCGCUCCCGCUCCCUCUACCCGGCUUAAAGAUGAUGAAGUUCAGGUUUCGUCGGCAGGGCACCGACCCCCAAAGAGAGAAAAUAAAACAGGAGCUCUUCGCCUUCAACAAGACUGUGGAGCACGGCUUCCCUCACCAGCCCAGCGCUCUGGCCUUCGACCCCAAGCUGCAGCUGAUGGCCAUCGGCACAAAGUCAGGAGCCAUUAAAAUCUACGGGGCGCCCGGCGUGGAGGUCACAGGACUACACAGAGACACUACCGCUGUCACCCAGAUCCACUUCCUGCCCGGUCAGGGUCGUCUUCUCUCCCUGCUGGACGACAACACCAUCCAUCUGUGGGAACUGGUCGCCGGGCCUCUGCGAGAGGUGGGAGGGGUUAGGAAAGAGGGCGUGGUCUCUCUCCAGGAAGUGAACAGCUACAGCCUUCCAGGAAGACCUGGCAUCGAGAGCUGCAGCGCUACCCGCGUGACUGUCCUACUCCUGCUAAGGUCGUGUGACCUGCUGUGUUUGGGAACAGAAGGAGGGGGCGUGUACUUCCUAGAAUUGCCGCAUCUCUCACUGAAGGAGAAGCAGACCCUGCUCCAAGAUCAGGUCACGCAGAGCCUGCCAGACGACUACAGAUGUGGGAAGUCAUUGGGACCAGUGGAAUCCCUUCAGGAACACCCCCAGCAGUCUGGGAAGAUUCUUAUUGGCUACAGCCGAGGCCUGGUGGUUCUGUGGGAUCUCGGCACCUGCCAUGCCGAGCAGCUGUUCCUGGGCAAGCAGCAGCUGGAGAGUCUGGUGUGGGAGCGUUCUGGAAACUUAUUCGUCAGUUCCCAUAACGAUGGCAGCUAUUCAGUGUGGACCGUUACCAGCGGCAACACCUGCAGCCAGCAGCCGGAGUCCUCCACCGUCCCGUACGGUCCUUUUCCCUGUAAAGCCAUCAACAAGAUCCUCUGGAGGACAUCACAGACUGGCUCCCCGGUGCUGCUCUACAGUGGGGGGAUGCCCAGAGCUAGCUAUGGAGACCGCCACUGUCUGACCAUCCAGCAGGACAAGGAGCACGUGGCUCUGGACUUCACGUCUCGAGUGAUCGACUUCUUCACUGUCCACAGCAUAGAGGAAGAGAAAGAGUUCGACGACCCCUCGGCGUUGGUUGUUCUGCUAGAGGAGGAGCUGGUUGUGAUGGACCUCCAGACCCCGGGCUGGCCCUCUCUGCCGACGCCCUACCUUGCUCCCCUUCACUCCUCAGCCAUCACCUGCUCCUGCCACAUCUCCAGCAUCCCGCCCAAACUGUGGGAGAGGCUGAUCAAUGCUGGCAAGCAGCAGGGCCGCCAGCACACGCAUGGGAGCUGGCCAAUCUGUGGGGGGGAAAAUCUGGCUCCUCCACCAAAACAACAAGAGCUGCUGUUGACAGGGCAUGAGGAUGGCACCGUGCGCUUCUGGGACGCCUCCGGCGUGGCUCUCACCCCGCUGUACAAACUGGGCACGGCCAACAUCUUCCACACCGACUGCGACGACCCUCACGACACCAGCAGCGACCACGGCGCGCAGCAGGAAGAGGAGUGGCCUCCUUUCAGGAAGGUGGGCUGCUUCGACCCGUACAGCGACGACCCCCGGCUCGGCAUCCAGAAAAUCAGCCUGUGCAAAUACAGCAACAAGCUGGUGGUGGCAGGGACAGCCGGACAGGUGAUGGUGAUGGGUCUGAGCGACGAGCGCUCGGAGCGCCCGCCGGACGUGUCGGUGGUGGACCUGCUGCAGGACCGGGAGGGCUUCACCUGGAAGGGCCACGACCGGCUGGAGCCGCGCCUGAAGCCCGGCCCCUUCCCGCCGGGCUUCCAGCCCCAGGUGCUGGUGCAGUGCCUCCCGCCGGCCUCCGUCACCGCCGUGGCGCUGCACGCCGAGUGGAACCUGAUCGCCUUCGGGACCAGCCACGGCUUCGGCCUCUUCGACUACCACAGGAGGAGCGCCGUGCUGGCCAGGUGCACCCUGCACCCCAACGACUCCCUGGCCAUGGAGGGUCCCCUGUCCAGAGUCAAGUCCCUCAAGAAGUCCUUGCGCCAGAGCUUCCGACGCAUCCGCAAAAGCCGGGUGUCCGGGAAGAAGCGGGCCGUCCCCGCGCCCACCAGCAAGGUUCAUGAGGCCAACGCCGCGCUGGCCGAGCAGGAGGAGGUGGCCCCCGUCCAGCGCCGGAUCGAGCCCCGCUCGGCGGACGACUCUCUGUCGGGGGUGGUGCGCUGCCUCUGCUUCGCCGACACCUUCCUGCGCGACGGUGCG